UCUCGGAUCCCGCCGCUGCGAAUAAAUGGCAGAGAGGCGCUGGUGCGCGAUGCUGCGCCUUCCCGCGGACUCGGACGGGCCUCGCUGCCGCCCGCGUCUGCGCUCCCACGUCCUCAUCGCCGACGCCUCACCGGCGCGCCUCCGCGGCCGACCACCGGCAGGGAGACUCAACUUCCUGCCUCCCUCACCUCCUGCUCGCCUCCGCGGCUGCCCGUGGGGCGCCAGGUGAUUCUUCAUUCUGCCAUCUGUGUUGUGGACUCUUCUCAUAAUGGAGUUUCCUGAUUUGGGGAAACACUGUUCAGAAAAAACUUGUAGGCAGCUAGAUUUUCUUCCAUUAAAAUGUGAUGCAUGUAAACAAGAUUUUUGUAAAGAUCAUUUCACAUAUGCUACACAUAAAUGUCCCUUUGGAUUCAAGAAGGAUGUUCGGGUCCCAGUUUGCCCUCUUUGUGAUAACCCAGUCCCAAUAAAAAAGGGAGAGGUACCAGAUGUGGUGGUCAGUGAGCACAUGGAUAGAGACUGUAAAUAUCAUACUGGGAAGAAGAAAGAGAAGAUUUUUUCAUAUCGGUGCUCAAAAGAAGGAUGCAAGAGGAAAGAGAUGUUGCAGGUGGCAUGUGGCCAGUGUCAUGGCAAUUUUUGUAUUCUGCACAGACACCCUCUGGAUCACAGCUGCCAACACGGGCGCCCCCCAAUCAGCGCAGCCGGGUGUUCAGCUGCGCAAGCCUCUGAAUCCAAGCCAUCUGGAACUUUACACAAGCGGACUUGUAGUUGGCUAUUUAAGCGACUCAGGUAUCAGUCAAUACACAGUGCAUGGAUAAAGCGACUUUCGUGUGGGUGUGGUAAUAAUCCCUGCUGAAGAUUGCUGGAGUGUAGUUACUGACUAUCUGAGAUUAUGAGCUCCAUGGGCAUAUAAUGUAGUCAUGAGGGGAAGGGAGUACAGAACUUGAACUUUAGCUUUCUCAAACCCCAAAUUACAAGUGCAGUUAAUACCAGCACACAGUGUAGUCAAGCAGAUAAUAGUUUAUAACUGGUUGCUGAAAUGCCCUAUUUGGCGUAGAUCUUUUAUGUGAACUACCCAUCAAGACAAACCUAAAAUGAAUAAGCUAUUUUAUUCUCUUUCAGGUGGAAAGUGAAGAGAUGACAGUACUGUAGCUGUUCAAACUGGCAUAUUAGCUAAGUUUAAUUUAUUAUUUUCACUUUAUAGGUAAUGUGUGCUAUAGUGCUCUCAUACUUCCACAGCUAACAGUUGAAAAAAUUUUUAAAGUGUUUCCAAUAAAAUACAUAAGCUCAUCUGGUAAAAUAGACAACCAGAAGAAUAAUAAUAGUAUUUCAAAGUAAGCUAGACUACUAAAAUAACCUUGUCACUCACCCCCCCCCCCAUAAAAGAAAGUAGCUUGAAGAGCAAAGAAUUAGUACCGAAGCCAGACCUAGACUUCCAGAAGCUUCUCUCACUUAACAUAUAGCAGACCGACAUUCUGUCUUUAUCAUGCAGCUUCUGUGGUGAUUGGCCAUAUGAGUCCAGAAAAGGAAGUAGUCCUUCUGCCUCUGUUGUCAAGGUUCCUUGUCCAGAGGUGGCCCCAUCCAACCAACCUCAUUCAUUGACAGCAGUCUGUUACCAUAUUGACUCCAUGCAGUGGACUUGGAUGGAUCAACUUGGUACAAGUCAAGAGAGCUUUCAUCACCUGGGCCUGAGUGUUAAGAAAUGGUCUAAAACAAGGUGCCACACAGGUUGAGUCCUGACCUUAACCCACUGGUAAUCCACUAGUGCAUUCCAGACUCUGCUGACACUAUUGUUCCUGGACUAACAAAAAUCUGAUUUUAUAACCUCAAAAUGGAGAAAAAUUGUAGUCAGUUUCCUUUCCACAAACAGGUGAUGGAAACUGUUUCUGCCUUGGUCUUAUUUAGUGAUACUUAGAUUGGACAUAGGACCUGAAACUUGGGCUGCAUCAGAGUCCCAUGGGGGACUUCCUAAACCAGAUUGCAGGGUCCAUUCCAGAGUUUCUGAUCCUGUGGGUCUGGGGUGGACCCUGAGAAUUUAGCUUCAAGGUGACCUGAUACUGCUGCUCUAGGUACCACAUCUGGACAGACCUUCCUGCCUCUCCAUUGUGCAGAACAGCCAGGAGCCACAUGUUAUGGAGAGUGGAAAACAUAGAUAGCAUUGUGAUUCAGUUACUAGGAAACUUUUAAGUGUGUUAGGAACUCAGGUAUGUGAAUCUAAUGUUUCAACUGUAAAUUUUAUAGAAUGCAAAUAUAGGUCAGGUCUUUUUCAUGAAAAUAUAAUGUCUAAAUUGAGAUGUAUCAAAACAAGGAUCUAAAGUACACUGGACUUUGAAGACAUCUAGAAAAAUGUGCAGUAUGUUUGUCAUUGUCUACAUGUCUAAGAUGAUAAUACUUUGGAUAUAACAUUAAAUAAAACAUUAAAUUCUUU